AUGGAUGCGCUCAUGACCCGUCUGGACGCACUCGUUCUCAACCCUGAUCUUGCACCAUUACUGUCACUACUCAAAGGUGCACGCAAUGGCAUUAUCUACGGGUCGAAAGUGCGAUUCCCGCAUGCCUUGGUAAUGAUCUUUCUAUUCCGAUCGGGAACAUUCCGGGAAAAGACCAAGCUCGUCUUGAAAGCAACCCGUCAGCAUGCUCGGAACCUUGCAACAUUUGCAAUCAUUUAUAAAGCCUCUAUGAUUGUUCUUCGGAACAUCAAUCCCGCUGGUGCCAAGAAAGAAGGUCGUUAUGAUAGCUUUUUCGCCGGCUUAUUAGGCGGAUAUGCGGUCUUCGGCCGGCAACCGGGGAGCGUCAGCCAGCAGAUCGUCAUCUACGUCUUUGCCCGUGUGAUGCUAUCUCUCGCCAAGCUCGCCGUCGAGCCCAAUAUGCAUCCUCUCUCCUCCCUCAUUACCCCAGAAGCUCGGACUCAGAUAACCAACAAUGCCUGGCCCGUCUUUGCCAGCAUGAGCUGGGCAUUCGUCAUGUAUAUCUUCCGCUGGUACCCAGAGACCCUGGCGUCUAGUCUGCGGAGUAGCAUGGUCUACAUUUAUGCUGAUUCAGACCACUGGGACUCGUUCCGAAACCUGUUGAUUCACAAUAAAUGA